GCAUCAGCGGAGGCAAUUUCGCAAUCUAGUCUCAGAACUAUCUCCGAUCCUUUAUUCGUUCUAAUGGCUCGUACCAAACAGACCGCUCGGAAGUCUACCGGUGGAAAGGCUCCCCGGAAGCAGUUAGCAACCAAAGCUGCCAGGAAAUCCGCUCCGGCAACCGGAGGAGUGAAGAAGCCCCACCGUUUUCGCCCAGGAACCGUUGCUCUGAGGGAGAUCCGGAAGUACCAGAAAUCUACGGAGCUUUUGAUCCGAAAGCUCCCGUUCCAGAGACUUGUUCGGGAAAUAGCCCAGGAUUUCAAGACCGAUCUGAGGUUCCAGAGCAGUGCCGUGUCGGCUCUCCAGGAGGCGGCGGAGGCUUACCUAGUCGGACUCUUUGAGGACACUAACCUUUGCGCUAUUCAUGCUAAGAGGGUCACCAUCAUGCCUAAGGAUAUGCAGCUGGCCAGGAGGAUUCGUGGAGAGAGGGCCUAAUCCUGAGCUUUGAAGUCUGUUUUUAAUUUUCAUUUCUGAUCUCUUUAAUUUUGUGAACUGCUAGGGUUUUGCUAUGGCUUGCUUUUUGGUUUGCAAUGGGGCAGUAUUAAAUUAAUGUAAAUCUUGUUUACUUGCUGGUAAUCAACAACCAAAGCAGUGUUUGACUGAAAUCUAAGUUCACUAAGCAAUGCAAUUGGCUGGAGUCUCUAAAUGUGCUUAGACACUUAUUAUGAAGUAGUUGGUUUUUCUAAAAACAGUUUACCAAAUAAAAAACUUUAGAUGUUGAUGUCUGUAAUUGUGAUUAUCAUACAGAGUAUAUAUUAGUAGUAAGGUGUUUAAAGUAAAGUGUUUGAAUAGUGCAAAAAAUUUUAU